UUCAUAUAGUCUAAUUAUUUGUAGACGCAAUCGCAUAAGGCUAUUUUUGGGAAGCGAAGUGGCACCGUCGUAGUAUUGAUUGCCCCAAACACGCUAGCUGCAUCUCCUCCUGCCGCCGCGGGUAGUUUGAUGUCUGUGAAAACCCUGCGCCUGUGUGAAACAUCAUACCCACGGCCACGCUCUCUGUGCAUGGUACCCUGCCGCGCGUUUGACAGCGGAAUACUAGAAUACUACGUUAAAGGGCGACACUAUUCCCGUGUCAUUUCAGCUAUACGUUUAUACUUGCUGAGGUUCUUUAAAAUGUAUCCUGUAGCAGUGAAAAUAAGGGAGCAUAUGAUUUGAUGGACCAUUUCUCAAGCUUUUCCUCGAGAACCCGGUUACCUUAGCCAAUAGCGCGUUAUCCUGUGUUUUUGCGAAAUCGAUUUGGGUAGCAGCACAAGAAAGUCACUGCGCAUCUCAUCCAUCACACUGUUGUAGCCUUCAGAAUAACCGACAAUUACGCAUCUGCAUCUUGGGAUAAUUAAGCAAUUUAAUGGAGACUCUUUCAUUUAGUAGGACUGAUGUUAUUUGCUUUUUGGACACCGUUGCUUAUCAAGCUUAACGUUUGGACAUCGGUUACUUGCUUUGCUGUUAGGUGCCACUUUUGGAUGCUGAUGGAAAUAGCUUAACCCAUUGUUUUCAAUAGCUGAUACAUACACUCUGUUUUCUUCGUGACAAUGCCAGUCCAAGCAAUGCCCCGAGGUCGUUCGCUCAGCCCCGCGUCCCUGUCCCGUAGCCUCUCCAGACUCAGAGAGUUUCGGACUCGGACUCGGAUAAUGCUUUCUCUCGGAGUUUCUCAGAUGGUUUUGGGAAGUCUGAUUUUGGCAGUCAGUUUUGCCGCUCUGGCCCUCACUACCUCACCAAGGGUCAGACAUUCGUGUCCAUUUUGGGCAGGUUUCUCUGUGCUGCUGUCUGGACUGAUAGGAGUGGUGUCAUGGAAGAGGCCUCUCUCUUUGGUGAUCACCUUCUUCAUGCUGCUGUCGGCGGUAUGUGUAAUGCUCAACCUGGCUGGCUCCAUCCUGUCCUGCCAGAACGCUCAGUUGGUCAACUCUCUGGAGGACUGUCAGCUGAUAAAGUUUGACAGUGACGGUGUGUGUGUGUGCUGUGAACUGCAACACCAGAGCUCCAGCUGCAACAACCUAGGAGAGACGCUCAAACUGAACCCACUGAGCGACUGCGACACCAUACGCCAACACCUCAAGGAGCUCCUGUUUAGUGUGUGCGCCCUGAAUGUCAUCUCCACCAUCGUCUGUGCCCUGGCCACUGCCAUGUGCUGCAUGCAGAUGGUCUCCACUGAUGUGCUACAGAUCUUCAUGCCACACAGAGCACGAGUCCUGAGCGCUGACUGCAUGACCCCCCACGGCACCAUCCUGCACCAGACCCUUGACUUUGACGAGUUCAUCCCACCCAUCCCUCCACCACCCUACUACCCCCCAGAGUACACCUGCACCCCGGUGAUGGACGGACAGAGAAGUCUACAUCUGGACUUUCCACACUCCCCGUUCAGUACCAUCUAUGGAGUGCCCAUCAACAGCCCUGGGACACUCUACCCCUCUGAGUUGCCCCCGUCAUAUGAGUCUGUGGUGGGGUUGGGGAUGGGGCAGACCCCUGCCAGUCAGGUCACUACCAGCAAUGAUCAGUCCAGCCUCUGUGAGAGAAACGCCACAGCUGGUCUCAGUACUCAGGCCUCGGUGGACAGUGCCUCUCUAAUGGUAUCAGAGGAGGUAGCAGAAAUUCCAGACCACAGUUGCUCCUCAGAGGAUCUCUGUUCCCUGGAGGUGCAGGGCUCUGACUCCUCUCCCUAUGGCACGCUGCACACCGCCCCCACUGAUGGCAGCUCCAUCAGUCUAGAGUUCAGUGCCCGCUUCUCCCACCGCCACCGCGGCCUGGCACGGGUCGACUACACUGGCUACAGCGAGUCCUCCCACACACAGGACUCCAUACCCCACUCUCCAGACUGGUCCAUAGAGAACGGCAACAUACAGGAGCACGAGGAGCCCAAGGGAGGAGUAAAGCUACACGCAAACCUCAGAGAACGAGCCAGUAGGAGGCAGCUGAUUCUUCCUGUCCCUCCUACUCCUCCCUCCCUGCCCUCUGCCUCCCCCUCUGCAGCCGCAGCCACAGUCUCCGUAGAGGUAGCCACAGCAGCCCAGAGCCUCCCUGCCUGCCCCUCCACGUCCCCCCCUUCCCGGCCCCGUGGCUCCCGGCUGUGCUUCAGUGUGUGGUCCCCAUCCUCCUCUUCCUCCUGCCCGGCCUCGCAGCCCCCUUCUACCUCAGCGCCCGCAGAGCGACCCCGCAUGCUCCGGUCUGGCAGGAGGUAUCGCAAGCUGGCUCGCAUCGUACGCUCCACCAGCGACCCCAUCUCCUGUACCUCCAUAUCUGGAAGUGACAGCUGUGGCUGCCCCUCUGCAAGCAACCCUCCUCCUGAAGAUUCUCCUCAGACUUCACCAGAGCAAGAGUCUACAGAGGUGGCAGCUCCUCCCCACGCCGCUGCCAAAGUCAGCACCCGCAGUGGUAGGAAGCAGAAGGAGGGGAGGAAAGUGGACAUCCGCCUCAAACCGCGAGCCCUGCACACGGUCUCCAACGAGCGCCCACACUCUCUGGCUGACCUCAAGACGUAUAAAGACACCAAAAUCCUGGUGGCCAAAUUCCUGGAGCACUCCAGCUGCAGUCUACCUCCAGAGGUCCAGCAGGUGGUCAACAGCAUCAAGUAUGUCAUCAAGUCUGACGAGAGACACAUGGAGGAAGCUAUAUUCAGUGCCAAUGUCAUAGAUCAGGUGAUGACACAGUCACAACGCAUCAUCGGCAGCCCAAGGAAGCGUGCCCAUGAAGACCUGCACCUCCAAAGCUGUGGAGCCUUGAGUUCCCCUUUCUCAUCCCUGCGGCGUCCACCUAUAGCACCAGGGCCUCCCAACCCCCCUGCUCCCCUGGACUCCUCUCCCUCACCCUCUGAACGCACUCAAAGCCUUUUGUGUAGAGAGACCAUCCUUUGACCGCCCUCCCUCCCCACCAAGGACUCAACCCCUAUCUCUAUCUCAUUGUGCCCUGUGAGAUUGUGCCAAGACAUUAGCAGAAACAAACUCAGUAAGUCAUGUCUGGACUGGAUUGGCUUCUGUUCUCUCUCAUAUCAAAAACACCAGAAUGUUAUUUUCUCCCUCAAGGGAUUUUUUAAAGUCUCAACCUUGUAAAACACACUUGUAAGCCAACUAAAUGGAGAUGUCAUGAUGAAAAACUAGUGCUCUACUUUAUCAAAAGGAAAAAAACAACUUUGUAUUAAAACUGUGAACUGGACAGACUUGGGAUGGUACUAGCUCCUGCAGACUUUAUGGAUUCUAACUCUGGCUGAAUACUGUGUGCCACUGCAGGACAGAGAACUUUGCAAAAGUGGAUUAUUUAACUUACCUCAAUGUGUUACAAUUCUUAUCAGUGUUACAAUAAAAUAUGACUUUCUAUGUUGUAGUCGACCUCCUUCUUUCAACAAUGGUAUAUCUUUUGAACAUUACAUACAUUUUUAGGAGGCACGAGAGGCGCAGAAGUCCAUACUUAAAGAAGAUGCAUGGCACA